AUGGGCUACCCCAAAGCGCUUCCAAGUCACAUAUCGCCGAAAAAGGUGGAGCUGGUGGACGAGUCGGAGACCGAGAAAAAGCAGCGGGAGCGGCAGAAGAAGGUCGAAACGGCAUCGCAACGGGCGAGUCGGAUCAAGUCCGAAGGCGAGUUUGCGCAGGAGAACGGUCGUAGUCUGCUGGAGAACGGUCUGACUCGACGUCCCGGGUCUACGGUCGUCGAGGCCGAGUGCCACGUCCGAAUCCGUCUCCGCUCCUACAGCAUUUUCCUGAUUUUCCUCGCUUUUUUCAUCUACGAGUACUCCAAAUUGUAAGCAUUUCUUUGCAAAAUUUCCUGGAAAACUUGGGUUUUUUUUUCAGUUUCUGCCGUCCGGACACGUAUGACGUCUCGUCGGAAGUGACGUACAUGAAGGCGAUGUUCAACAAGUACGAGACUCCCGACUAUUGUCCGAACUAUCAAAAAUCGUUCAGAACUGUAAUCAGCAGCUGAAAAAAGAAAAAAAUGGAAAGAUUUUCAGGUUCUGGUGUCCUUUUUUACGUUUUACGCGCUGAAAACCUAUCACAAACCGUGGUUGCUCUUCUUUUUCGGCUGUCUUUUGGCGGUUUUUGGGUACGAGGUGCGGAAUGUGAAAUUGGAGUUUGCGAAGAGAUAUUCUUGUAAGCAUGGGUCUCGCCACGAAAAUGAUAAAGAAAAAUCGAUAUUUCAGUUGUGAGCGAACAUGAAAAGCGGAAGUACGCGAUCGAGAUGGCGUUGGUAUACGUUCAGCACUUUCUCGUCUUGCCCUUCUACUUUGGAACAUUCUUUUUGAUCAGGUCCGUCCAACCCCGUGGCCGUGGCCUAGAAAAUCCCUUUUCCAGACACGUUCACCGGAAAAGCUCGAAGUCGGCGAUUGAAAUGCGAGAAGAAGAGCAAGAACGGAACAUGGAUCGGCUGAAAGUGAUGCUCGCAAAAGAAGAUGAUUACGCGUAUUACGUGGCGCUGGAGCGAAAGUGCAAAGAGGACAAAAAGAAGAACGACGUCGAGGAGGAGAAGGAACAGAAGGAGAAGUUCGAGACUCGGGAGAGGAAGGUGGAGGAGCAGCAGUUGAGGUUGAAAGAGAACGAGCAGAAAAAGAAGGAGGAGGAGAAGAAAGAGAGGGACAUUGAACGGAGAAGGAGACGGAGGGCGAGGAGGAUGCGCGAGAAGCAGGACCGGCUCAGGGCGGAAGGUUUCUAG